AUGUCCACAACAGGCCAACCCAUGGAGACAGAAAGUAGAUUGGUGCUUGCCAGGGGCCUGGAGAAGGGGCAACGGGAAGCGACUGCUGGAGAGUAUGGAGAUUCUUUUUUGGGAAAAAGAUACAGUAACAGAAAUUUGCAUACAGGAAGUUUAUUUAAAGUGGUCUCAGGAAAAAAAAAAUUGUUAAGGAAGCAGGAUCGGGCAGAAGUUGAACUAUGGGGAAAUUGCAAGAAAGACUUCAGCAGAUCCCAUAGAAGCUCAGAAGCUGGGAUAAUCCUUCAGAUUCAUCCCAAAUUAAGGGUAGCUGACGAGGACGUCACACCAGCGGCGACAUUGGACUCUCCAAAAAGAGAAGACAGGGAAGGACAUUUGGUUCCUGUGCGAAGUCUGAAGAGAUCGAGCUGCAUCAGGGGAAAUGGGGGAGCGGCACUAGCCAUCGAAGGAGUCGAAGCACGGGAAGGCCAUGAUCAGAUCCCAGGUCCAGGGAGAGUCUGGCAGUCCCAGCAAGGCUGCGUGCAGGGGAGGGAUAGUUUUCCACAGGAAAAGGUGAGUGUUGUCGAUAAAGGAAGGCGAAAGGAAGGAUGCCAACCGAGUCCACAGACAUCCGCCUCGGGAGCACCAACAGACAGGACGGAAGGGCCUGGACAGGCAGCCAGGGAUAAAUGCAAGUUUGAGGCUCGCGGGAUGGUGGUACCAUCCAUCAGGUUAGUGGAUACGGGAGGAGGGGCACAUUCUAGGGGGCAGAGGAGUCUGAUUUGCCACCAAGUAGUGGACCAGAAGUAUGGCUCCGGACCUUAGGAUUUCGGGUUUGGAAGUUGUCAGCCUCUCUCUACGGGAAAGAAAGGCACGGCCAUGAAUGUGAUGACUAGGGAGAGGGUAUUGAGUGGAGAGAGAGAAGAACCAUGGGGGGAAUGCUAGGGACUAGAGAAAAAUUAAGAAGCAGGUAAUGGGAGAAAAGCCAGGCAGGUUGGAGUGACAUAUUUAAUGAGGCACACUGGCCAAUUGAGAAGUCAGCAGUCUUGUGUUUUUGGUUUUCAUUUUGUUUUGCUUUUCAAAGGUAAUUUUCUCAGCCUCUUCUCAGGAAAGUUGCUGCGACCAUGAGGUCACCUCUCAGCGGAGAGCUCACAGCUCCUUAUGUAUUUUAGUGCAAAAAGGAGAAGACUCACCUGUAAAGCCUGGACCCGUAUGAGCAACUAAAAUAGAUUGGUUAGGAAGUUUUGCUACUCCAGUGCAGUCCUACCAGCAGCAGCAGCAUCUCCUGGGAGCUUGCUAGAACUGCCCCACCCAUACCUACUAAAUGAGCAUCUGCAAUUCCCUGGGAUCAUGACCUGAGCUGAAGGCAGAUGCUUAACCAACUGAGCCACCCAGGCGCCCCUCUAUUUUCAUUGUAAAAGGAAAGGACAGCAAAUCUCCCUAAUGUAUAGAAUGUUGCUUGUCAUAGUAAGCUAGUGACAGUGUCAUUUUUUUGAAGAUAAGUGAUUUCUUUACCACAGAAUGUUACAGAGAAUGAGUGGAAACCAUUUGCAUUAGGUUUUGUAUAAUAGG